GGGAACCCGAGGGUCAUCUAGACCAACCCGCCUCCCAAGGGAUUUCUUCCCACUGUCAAGCAGCUCUUCCUGUCAGAAAGUUCUUCCUGAGACUGAGUCAGAAUCUCCUUUCUUGUAACUUGAAUCCAUGGCUUCAGUUCCUGAGGGCCUCUGGAGCAGAAGAAAACAAGCUUCCUUCCUCCGCCCUGUGACAGCCCUUGAGAUAUUGACAGGGCUGAAUGGCGCGGCUCUCAUAUCCAUGUCCUGAGGGAAAGAGAGCAAAACAUUUCUCUCUCCCCUUUCUCCAGCCCAGGCAGAAUUGCAAGGGGUCAGUGCAUCUGGUUGCUAAGAAGAUGGCCAGAGUUUGGGGUCCAGCCAGGGCUGGCAGUGGGCAGGAUCCUGGCAUCGUUGGGGUUGGACUAGAUGACCCUUGGCAUCCCUCCCAACUCUUUGUUGUUGUUUAGUUGUUUAGUCAUUUAGUCGUGUCUGACUCUUCGUGACCUCAUGGACCAGAGCAUGCCAGGCACUCCUGUCUUCCACUGCCUCCUUGUCUGGGGUUGGACUAGAUGACCCUUGGGAUCCCUCCCAACUCUGCUAUGCUAUGAUUCCAUCAAGCAGCUAAAGGAACAGGGAGGAGAGCAAGAUGUAGAACGAGGGGAGGCACAACCACACACCCCAACAGCACCCUCUGGCCUGACCCACGGUGGCCUCAUCCCAGCACACUUUGACACCCGCCCCCUUGUUUUUAUUUUUAUUAAUUCAGCUGCCUGGCAACCCAGCAGCCUGGCCCCUCUUUGCCAGCUGAUGUCACAAAGUGCUGAUUUGCAUGCAAGCCUUACAGUGGCCUGCAAGAGGGAUGCCUGUCAGAUGAUGGUGAGAGACUUGCUGAGACAAGUGAUAAUGAGAAGGAACUCUGAAAGUAGGAGGAGCUCCGCAGCCCAGAGGAGAUGAGUGGCAUAUAAAUAUUAUUAUUGUUGUUAUUAGUGUCACCUGUCACUGGUGCAUGGCGACUUGGUUCCCUGGCUUGACUUGUCCACAGCUGUUGAAAGCUUCGCAGGUCUUCUUCAGCUGUGGUCCAUUCUCCAAAGGAACACAGACUCUGGGUGAGUGCUUAAACCCCCCUGGCAUCUUGCAGAGUACGGGGGUGGCACCCGCCUUUUGUAACAGUUCUGAUAUUUACUUGAUAACCAACUCCAGGCACAUGCUGAAGAGGCAUGUCCAACACAGGUCAAAGGAAGAGAGAGGGGAACAAUUUGCUCUUUUUUCUCCAGGAGAGCAGGGAAAGGGACCUCACACAGAGCCCUCUCUGACAAUUGUCUUUCUAAGGUCCGAGUCCCUGCCUCUCAGCAGUGCAGCUCUGCAGACUUAGCUCCUUUUCAUGCUGCUGGAGCCCCAAAUGGAUGGUUUGUGCACAGCCUUUGGUUUUAAGGGAAAGGCUUCUAGCAGGCUUUAGCUCAGGGCAGGAGCGUAGUGAGAUUUAUUUUAUAUUAUAUCUUUGCACCAUUGCUGAUUGUGACCCUUGAGAAAGAGGUUCCUGCUCCAAGGGGCUUACAGUCUUUAAUAUGACACAGGGAGGGAACAGGGAAGGGUUGAGGUCCAGGGUGGAUCCUGAGUCCUCCUGCAAGACCUAAGCCAGGGUCUGUAACCUCUGGAUUCCAUCUGAACCCUCUUCCUCCUUUUUUGCAAUAUGGUAAUUGAGGUGAUGCUACUAGAAUUCCAAAGGGAAUGUCAAGCAGGGAGGGAGGGAGGAAGAGAGAGGGGGCAUUCUGGUGGAGACGGAAGGUUGGAGGAGGAUUUGAAAGGGAGUUUGAAUGUUGGAGGGAGGCAGUUGAGAGUCGGUUGGGAGCAGUGGGUUCUCGAAGGGGGGUUCUUGGUGGGGGACGUGAAGCUGGGCUGGGCUUAGGACCAGUAGGACAGUCGAUAUCCCCAGGGGCAUGUGGCAAAGAGGGGCUCUGCCAGCUGCCCGGGAACAGAAUUCCCUGAAUUUAGGUGAGCCAUGGAGCCAGGCUUGGCUUGUACUGCGAAUGCCCAGAUUCCUCGCACCACCCCCUCCAAACACCUGGAAACAGCUUGACAGACCCAGGUUAUGCCUGAUUAUCAUCUUCCAAAGCAACUACUUUGUCCCAAACUUAUAUACUUUAUCAUGCAUUGGCAAAAUACUGUUAUGGAUUUGUAGGGGACACCUCUAAACCCUAGAAAUAAAUAAAUGGUAGGAUGGUGAUGAUUUGGAAAUUUAAGGAAAAGGCGUCCAGUGGGCUUCAACUUGUAUGGGGCAGGGGCCUAGAGAGAUUUAUUUUAUAUUAUUUCUCUGCACCAUCACUGCGUAUGACCCUUGAGAAAGAGGUUCCUGCCCUGAGGGGCUUACAAUCUUUAAUCUGACACAGGGAGGGAACAGUUUAAGUUUGAGGUCCUGGGUGGAUCCUAAGUCCUGCUGCGAAACAUAAGCCAGGGUCUCUGAGUUUAUGUCCCCGACAUUUCACAUCUGUAACCUCUUCCUCUGUUUUUAUUUUCCUGUCUCCUAGGUCCUAAGAGGCUUCUGUGGGAACAGAUGAAGGAAGGGGAGGCGGCCACACUUAAAAAUGGCAUUUUGGAAGUCGUGGUAUGUUUAUUCCAUGAGGAAUCCAUUCUCCACAUGUGCCAGGAGGUUGUGGUGCCAACCUGAGCAAACAUUCUGGUGAAAUCCCUGGACAGACGUGAUGACGCUCAGGUACUGGGGCAGAGGGAAGGAAGGGCGACCUUCUGAAACAUGUUUGGGGAGUUGUAGGAACACUCUCUCCACCUGUGGCUUCCAGAAAGUGCUUUUCAGAAGCAUUCCUCCCUCCAACCUGGUUGCCUUGCAAUAACACUCUCCACCAGGCAAUUGUCUCACCCUCUUUGAAAGCCACCUCAUCCAAGAUGCUCUUGUGAGGCAUCUGAUUCUCCUGGGCUUCCUUGUUCCUGCAAGAUUGGCAGUGUGAUCUUGUUCACUCAUCUAAAGAAUGGAAAAGGGAGCAGAAAGCAGGUGGGUGUCCGGGAAAAGGGACUUUGGCAUUGCCACCCAGCCCUGAAUCCCAUGUGUUUUGACCCUGUGAGAUUCUGGUGUGAGCCCCAGAACAUAACCCCCAUGUCAGUGGCAGGCUUCCUGUUGAGAGCAUCCACCACACUGGACAUUCAAAGGCCUCUUCUACCACUUUCACGGUCUUGGCUUCCACCAAGGAAUCCUGGGAACUGUCCUUUGUCCAGGACCUACCAUCCCCGACAGCUCCCAUUCCCAGCACCCGGAACACACUACAGGAUUUCUAGGAUUCUCCAUGAUAGUGAAAGUGGAGAGAGAAGCCUUUGAAUAUUUGGUGUGGCUGAGACAGCGGAAUGUGCAUCUGAGCUGACGUUCUGUCUGUAGUUUUUGGCCAGUCACAGCCCAUUCUCAUAUGAUGUCCCUCUUCCUCCACAGGGCCAGGCCUCCAGGGAUGAGGCUCCAGCUCCGGCUCCCAGGAUGAAGGACCAGAGGACAUCCCUGUGAUUCCUGGCUGCCAUCCCUCGUGCCUCUGCCCCACUGCCCCUUCUCUGUGUGGGCAUGGCUCAGUCUCAGCCAUCUUUGACGCAGAAGUAGCAGCCAUAGUUUCCUCUAAUUAAGACAGCAUCUCAAGUUAUUUCAGAGAAAGAGGAGACUUUGGCUGCUGCUUCUGAGCUAGGCCGGCUGGGACGGAGCCGAAAUGGCCGUAUGGAGGGGGACAAGUUGGGGCAGCUGAUAAGAUCAGGUAGGAGGAAAUGCCCCUUCCCAGGCCCCCCACCCUCCUGCCCCAGACUGGGGCUAGCGUGGCUGGGAGCUAGGAGCCUGCUGAUGUCUCCAUUUUCUUUGCAGGGAGGGAGCCUUUCCCCAACAAAUGCUUUGUUCUGGUCAAAUCCCUGGAGAGACGUGACGACCCUCAGGUACUGGGGCAGAGGGAACAAAGGGGUCCUUCCAUAGUUUUUGACCCAUCAGAGGCCCAUUCUCAUAUGAUAUCCUGCUUCCUCCACAGGGCCACACCUCCAGGGAUGAGCCUCCAGCGCCUGCUUCCGGGAUGAAGAAUGAGAGACCAUUGUGGCGGUUCCCGGCCCCUGACCCUCGCCUGCCUCCCCCUCCGUCCAUUCUCUGUGUGGGCAUGGCUCCUUCCCGGCCCUACUUGACGCAGAAGGACGAGCCAAGGUUUCCACCCAUCAAAAGCACCUCCCGAGUUAUUCCAGAGCCAGGGGAGACUUUGGCCGCUCCUUCUGUGCCAGGCCGGCCAGGACGGAGCCUAAACGCCCGUAUGGAGGAGUUCAGGGUGGGGCAGCUGAUAAGAUCAGGUAGGAGGAAAUGCCCCUUCCCAGGUCCCCCCCUCCUGCCCCAGACUGGGGCUAGUGUGGCUGGGAGCCAGGCGCCUGCUGAUGUCUCCGUUUCCUUUGCAGGGAGGGAAAGACUCAGCCUGGCAGCCGCCGCAUCCCGGGAGGGACUGGAGCCCAGAUGAAGUCUUCUUGUCUCAGAGGUAAUGGGACAGGGGGAAGGAGGGGGGCUUAGGAAACACACAAGAAGGGCCAGCAGGAUCAGGCCAAGGACCCCUCUGGUCCAGCCUCCUCUUCUCCCAGGGGCCACCCAGAUACCAGUGGGGAAGCCACAAGCAGGAUUUGAGCGGAAGAGCCCUCUGCCCACCUGGGACUUCCUGCAACGGCUUUUCUGAAGCAUGUUGUCUCCAUCAGGACUACCAGCCUUUGACUGCCCUCUCUUCCGUUAAGUCGUCUAACCCUCAUUUAAAGCCCUGCAGCCAGAGAUGCUGUUCUGCUGCAUCUCCUGAUCACCUGACUGUUUCUGCAAAAAGGCUGCUCUUGUGAUCUCUGCACUGGGAUCUGCUUUAAGUCCCUGGGAGGGUGUGACAGCUGAAUGGGCGUCUGAGGGGACGUUCUGUCCCUGGUGUUCGGCCUGUGAUAGCCCAUUCACAUCUUUAGGGAUUCUUCCCUCGAAGCAGCCCUUAGCAUCAAGUUCUCUCCUGCUUCAAAGAUUCCUUAUUUCUUGCAGGAACUCCAGUCUUCACUGCUGUGGCUGCUGCCAGAGCCUCCCUUUUGAAUUCAACAGGUAAGAGGAAAGAAAGAUUUGCACGGGGCGGGGAGAACACACUACAAGUUGAGUGUACGUGUUCAAGCUGCAAUUAAUCCAGAAUGCGGCAGCUAGACUGGUGACUGGGAGUGGCCGCCGGGACCACAUUGGCUCCCAGUACGUUUCCGAACACAAUUCAAAGUGUUGGUGCUGACCUUUAAAGCCCUAAACAGCCUCGGUCCAGUAUACCUGAAGGAGCAUCUCCAUCCCCAUCGUUCAGCCCGGACACUGAGGUCCAGCGCCGAGGGCCUUCUGGCGGUUCCCUCAUUGCGAAAAGUGAGGUUACAGGGAACCAGAGAGAGGGCCUUCUCGGUAGUGGCGCCCGCCCUGUGGAACACCCUCCCUUCAGAUGUGAAGGAAAUAAGCAUCUGAAGGCAGCCCUGUUUAGGGAAGUUUUUAAUAUUUAAUGCUGUACUGUUUUUAACACUUGAUUGGGAGCCGUCCAGAGUGGCUGGGGAAACUCAGCCAGAUGGGCGGGGUAUAAAUAAAUUAUUAUUAUUAUUAUUAUUAUUAUUAUUAUUAUUAUUAUUAGAGGCAUUUCUUUAAAAAAGGCUUACACUAGUAAGAUGGGUUUGGGCACUGGAGGCCUUCCUACAGGGGUUGCUUGACUACAACUCCCAUUGUCCUUGACCAAUGUCCUCCACCCCCCCCCCUGCUUUUCAGCCAAACACCCAGGUGGUCACGCUGAAGUUGGAAGGUCUGCGCCUUCUGAGGUCCAUCUUUCAGCCUGCAGGGGAGAUGAGAAGGACCUUGCCUGGAUGAGGACAUGGUACAGCUCUUUCGGCUCAGAACCUCUUUCGUCAGUUUGUUUGUUUUACCUAACUUUUAUUAAAGAUAUUCUUGAUUUCCGAA